CAAAUUGAGCUGAAAUACCACUGCUCUAAGCCAAUCAAAUUGCAGUAAUUUCUCAUGCAGUAGUAUAAGCAUGAGAAUAUUUCAUUAAAUCAGUUUCAUAUCAAUGGCUUCGUACUUAGCCUCACUUGGAAACGAAGGCUUGGGGCACCUUGGGAAAGCGUACUCGUACAUUUGAAAAAAUGUUAAGCAAGGAGUUAUAUUUGCCAUAUAGUAUUUUAGUCUCCGCUUUUCUAACGACAUUUCGAACUUGCCGAGUCCCUGUGUGGCGUUUUCUCUUACUUCUCGGUCAGUGCAUUUCCGUGACGUAAAUCGCUGAGACCACGUGACCCGAUACGCAUUGACCGCGCGGAAUAAUGAGGCCUAGGGACUAGGCAAAUUUUGAAGGUCAUCUUUUAACAUGUUUCAAAAGCCUUCAAGUCAUCGUUAACAUUAUUCUUUGUUAUUUUAAAAAAUCAUAUAAAAUAAGCGAUCACCUUACAACUCAUGAAAGACAAUAGACAGUUAGAUACUCGAUUCUGCAGUGUAUCUACGGUAUAUCCAGUGGAACCCCGGUCACUUGUCGCCACCUAUGGACCAUCAGUAUUUAACCGUAUUGACGAGUUGGCCUUUUGGCAGAGUGGGUUCAUAUUUCUUGACGUUUAUAUGACAUUUGUAGUUUGAAGCAACUUUUCUAAGAGAAUUAGGUGCGUUUCUUUGGGAUGAUUCAGAUUAGGGUUUAUGAUCCACGAUCACUCGGAUCGUGGUUCAAAUUAAUGCUUAUUACAGAUCUCAGUUGACAAAGACUUCUUCUUACUAGCGAACGGUUGCUGAUGUUAGUUGUAAUCGUUAUGUCUCAAUAGAACUUUGCAGCAGCAUUAUGCAAAGUCUGAUCCACACCCCCUCUUCAUCGCCGACUCCCUCGACUUCAAUGGGCGGUAGAAUGACGCCACUUCCUGAGUCUGGGCGCUACACACCCGUAACCUCGACACCAGUGAAAGACAGAGGGGCUCGUGAGUCCGGCGUUGGAAGCGUGGAGAGAAAAUCCCAAACCGUCCCACGAAGAAGAAUUUCCACAGAGUCACGUACAUUGGCUUUGGAAAAGGAGAAGAAAACUCAGCGCCAGUCUACUCCACCGCGCACCACAGGGAGUCUGGGCAGAAAGACGUCUCAGAUGACUGCAGUACAUGGCGGUCAGCAGAUGUUCGUUCCACCUGCAGCUCCUCCUAAGAAGGCCAACUGGAUGCCAGACCAACAAGUUUCCAUAUGUGUCAUCUGCAGAGAGACCUUUAGCAUGGUAGGUCCUCGGACGCUUUGUGCGUCUUACUCCAAGGUCCCGUGGGUUGGUUGUACAGAAAUAUAGGCUGUACUUUGCAGUGUAAGAUUGCUUUAAAGACAGGAAGUAAAUCUGUGGUCUUUGUUGUAAAAUGUUCAUCAAUUGUUACUUUUUGGAGAAGGGACUUCAUUCUUACACAAUGUCUUCAAUGUUUGUUUGUUUGUUUGUUUUUGUUGGGUAUAAAAGGCACGAGGCAAAUGACCUCUGUUUUUUCUCUACAGUGUUUAUAGGAGAAAAAUAGUGAAGAAGGGAAAAUGUUUGAAACGAAUAGUUUUUAAUCUAUUCAGCAUGUCAAGGUUGAACUCAACCGUUGGACGAAGAGAGUUAAAGUUAAACCACGUUAAUACGGACACUGAGGGGAACAUAGAAAGUGUCCCUAUUAAGUGGGUUGAAUUUAGAAAAAAAUGCGAGGGCUUUCUUACCCCAGGGACAAAGCAACUGCUCGUAGUGAUGAGUUGUAUCAAGUGGGUGUCUGUAACGCGGGUUUCGACUACAUGAACUUGGAACUUUCGGAUUACUAAAAUUGAACGGCAACAUUUACACAUCGUCGGCCAUUUCGUAGUGACGCUUGUUCGUUUUUGCUUCUUUUCAGUUCAACCGUCGUCAUCAUUGUCGGCGAUGUGGUCGCGUUGUUUGCGGGACUUGCUCUGAGCACAAUCAUGUUGUCACGGGAUACGGGAAGAAUCCCGUGAGAGUAUGUGAUACAUGCCAUGAAUACUUCUAUUCCACCAGGUAGACUUGUAAAUGUUAUCUUUUGAUUAAUAGAGUGAAUUGUCAAAUGUUAUUGUUGCGGGCGACAAGAGGAACCCUUAAUUCUAAUCUCCAGGCUGUCAAUACGCAUGCUUGGUGCGUAUGUAGCUAGCAUUCGUUUAGGAUUGAUGGGAUAACAUCGAUGUCACAUGGUAAUUCCAGGGAGCAAACAAGUGAUAAUACGAGUAAUUGCGGUGGAGUGUGUUUAUUCUCUCAAAACAAGACGACGUCAUGGGCUAUUGACUCAGAGCCCAUUCGGGCUCGGCGAAUAAUUGUUAAAUAGCUGGAAAUUUUUUCCAGACAGGGCGCGCUCUCAUUCGUUACUUAGAGGUCACGUGACAGCUCACAAUGGAACUGAUUCCCGCCAGAAUCAAUGAGCGGGCAACAUUGCAACAUUUUUUGACGUCAGAGGGUAACAGUGCACUGUUACCCGCGAAUGUUGACCGACGACGGCCGUUAGAGCGAGGUUUAAUGAAUUUCCAGCUUCAAACUUUCCAGCCAUAUAACAAAUCACUUAAAGAGUGGCUUCGGGAAACAAAAUUAACUGUUUCCCUCACGGCCAGUCAUUAAGUGUUUAUUGUACUGUGGGACCGUUUUGGAAGACGAACCUUGACCUAGUUUCCUACGCGACCUUACCGUAGCAAAUAAAGAUGCAGCGGUAAUGUCCCUCAAGCAAUCCCAUGAUGCAAUUGUACACAACACCGAGCCAACCUUGCGUCCAUCCUUAAAUGGUCAAUGUUGAUACCUUCCUUGGCCCAACUGGAGUACCAAUAACAGUCUUGAUCAAUAAACUUUACCUAUGUUUUAAAUUCUUUGCCUUCUCUAACUUUCUGUCAUCUUCGUUUAUCAAAAUGAUUGACCUUAUCUUUUUUGUCACUUUAUCGUUAGGUCCCGUCCAUUCCGUGACGAAUACUCAUCUCCUAUUCGUUCUGAACCAGUUUCUCUUGAAACCGGUCAUUCCCAAGGUAAAAAAUUCUUUGUUAUGAGUCAUUGCAUGAUUUAUGUCACGUGACGACUGCUUACGUCACAAUGGAGUAAGUGCUAAGGUCUCAAAGCACUACGAGAAAAAAGAGAAAAAUUAGGGGAAGGGUAGGUUGGGGAAAACCUGAAUCUUAUGCUGAUUCAAAGAAGUUAUGUCACGGCUGCUCAGUGGAUUAAUCCUUAAUUUUUUUGUUUUAAAUUUGCAAUCCAUGUUAAUCUUCUCCAUUUUUGCCAUCCUUAAUCCUUCCUAGUUAACUUUACCUUUAUUGGGCGUUUCCCAUUUUAUUCAAUUAUGUAUUUUGAGGUUUAUUUCAGUUUCAAAAUAAUUCUGUCGCGUUCAAACAACGACUCAAAAGUUUGUGACAGGACCCCACUAUUUAAAUCACCAUCGGAGUCUCCUCCUCUUUGUUGUUUUAGCAAAUCUAUAAUCUUUCUUUCUUUUACUGGUUACCUUUGUAGAUUACCCAGAUUCGAGUGCGAACAACAGUGCGUUCGGUAGUUACCUGGGCGGAAAUUCUUCCACAGAAUGGCUCACUGAGGACCUGAAUGCGCGCUGUCUGUGGAAACUAAGUUUGGAGGAGGAGAAUAACUCUUUACUCAGAGAAGAGUUUUUUUACGAACAGGUAGCGUUUUUCAAUGAGCUUCAAAGCUCUGUAUUUAGAAAAGAGAUUGCUUGGUUUUUUAAACCUUUCCUUGGGGGGAGUUGGGUUCAAUCAUCCCGGCUAUAGUAAAGACUACCGCUCAAGUCUUCACACUCCUCCGCAGUUUAUUUGCAAGUUCAGGAAGUUAUCCUGUUACUUCUCGCACGUGCUAAUUAUAAAUUACCGAAUUUCCUAAUUGCUUUCGAGACAAUACAAUGUUUUCCUCUGAAUUCUGAUGACCAGUAUCACCAUGGUGAUCAUUUUACAUUACCAGGCGCCCAGUGCUUCCUUGUGUGUAUCCAUAUUGGACCUUCACAGUGACACCAGGGCCUGUGGUAGGCUCAUUCUAGACCUUUGUAACUCGCUCUCCCAAAAGUUGGUCCCUGUGGCCCCAGGAGUCAGGAAUGAGGAGCUGGACCACAAUCUUGUGAUCAGGUACGUUAUGAGUAUGGAAAACUAAGCUCUAGCGCGUGAUGUCAAAGUUGAUUGGCUCAAAUUGCAUUGUUGAAGCAUCAGUAAUCAAUCUCUAGAGCUCUCCUCAGUCUGUCGUGUGAGGGUUUUCUUUACAUUUUAUUUAUUUUUGUUUCAUGGAAUAUAUUUCAAACAAGAUUCUUCUUUUUAUUGUUUAUCUUAUCUUUAUCAAUACGUACAACAGGGCAUCGUAUUAAAAUUGUUUUGUUGCUAGUGACCGACUAGUAUUUCACUCGGUGGCGAUUUAUCCAUUUUGGUCGAUUGAAGUAUAAAAUGAUUACAGUUAUACUUCUGCAUGAAUGGUAGACUCUAUUAACGACUAAGCUUUCGUUUCGACUACUUCUGUAGUUUUCUUCACAGUUUGCCUUUUAGUUUUGAGUUCUAUUCACGUAGACUUCUAUUUAGUUGUCGCAAAGGAAUGGGGCGAGCGUUCUGGAAACAACGUUCAUUUGAUGUGGUCUCUUAUGACCGAUGUCUUCGGACCGCCAUCUCAGGUCUUCGUGGCCACCAUAAGUUACCUAUUAGAGCGGGUCUCAGAAGUUAAAAAUACACUGGAAACAGGACGUUUUAAGUAGUAGUCGAGAGCUUAGAUGCUUAGACUCGCUCAUUUAGCCAAACGUUUUAAGUGGAAUCAUAAUGAUAGUAUUACUCUUUUGUCAGUAUGAUACGUUAUCUGCUGUUUAACGCGAAACUCAAGAUGCUGAAGACAGGAGAGACUCAAGGCGUAGAGCUGUGCGAUACGUAUGUACCAAGUGUCAUCACUUUCUAAAGUAAACAGUAGAGACCCUUUGAUUCGAGUAUGAGAACGAAGACGAGAUUCAACUUAAGAUUUUUUCGCGUAUUCCAAAAAAAAAAUAGACACCCCAGAAAGCUUCAUUUUUCCUUUUUUGACAUAAAGUAUAGCUAGGUUACUUUUGUUCAAGGGGGUUAAACACUCUUCGAUCGAAAAAUGAUAGGACUUCUAACAUUUGAUAACUUGUUUCCUCCACUUCGACAUUUUUGCCUCAACCCGUAGUAGAAUGACGACGGCUGUCGCGUUUUCCCGCCAAAAUGACGCUGGCUCACAUGCACCUUUCUAUAUAGCAUUGAGAAAAUCUCGUCAUCGUAGUCGGAAAGGUCUCUAGUAUAAUUGUUGGCGGUAAAUUUGCAUUUUUUAAAAAAAAACUGUUAUGAUAAUUAUGUACCGACUGUAUGGUAGGAAAUUUAUUUUGAGUCGUCACGUUAAUCACACUCUAUUCUCGUUCUGUUGUCACAGGUAUCUUGGUCACGUGGAUCUUAUGAAGUUUCUUGUAGAGUCCAACUGUGGAGAUAUUCCUUCACUGCGUGACCUCAUGCAUCCUGACUCUGCAAGGUGAGGCAGUGGAAGGGGCAGGGUUCAGAUUUGUUAGGUAGAGGGGUGGAGAGGGUAAGUAGCAAUGGUGAAUGCCCAUCUGAAGCACUUCUAUUGAUGGGGGCUAGCACUCGAAAAUUCAUCUUUUGAAUCUCUCCUUAGAGUGUCCAAUUUCAAUUUUCUCCUAAUAGUAUCGAUACAUAAUCAAGAAAACGGGUUAUGAGAAUUAAUAAAAUGAUCAACUACGGAAAAAUGCUUUGGUUUUUUAUCAACUUAUCUCAAUCAUUUCUUUAAGGAAUUGUAUGGAGAUAAGUUUGGAGAAUUUGUAUGUGGAUGCAUCUACCAACAUGGCGGCACGUUUUAGAGCUCCAGCAUUCCUGUCAAUGCUGUGAGCUGUAGCUGACAGUAUCUAUGUAAUGGGAAACCGUUAUAGAUUAACGUUGUAGAUGUAUAUGUAGAUAUUGGAGCUCAAGAGGUUAACGAUUACCUUCGUUGAUCUUCGAGGUUGGUAAUAUCUUUCAAUCGUUUUCUUUAUAUUACCUUUGUAGGCGUCUUCGUGACCGCUUCAUCGAAGCAGAGCGUCUCACCCUUGCUAUGGAGGUGUCUACCAAGUGUGGGCUUGACCCCUCAGGGGUGUGGGGUGCGGCCGCCUUUUCUCUCCUACAAGCGGGGGAUUUUCCUGGAGCUCGAGAGAAGUUUAGUCGCUGUAUGAAGGUAAAAGAACGCCCAAUCUACCUUGACGCCUUUUCGCUGAAAAGAACUGAUGUGAUGUGAUAUGGCGUUUCCUUCUAACUUGCAUUCAAACCUUUCAUUGCCAGAGUGAGUGACUGUGUCUCUAAGGUGGUUCUAACUUUUGAGUCUGUGGAUGAAAUCCUGUGAUGAAACCAUUCAAAAGUUUGGUUUUCGGUAUUUUGCAAAAUGAAUUUUAGAAAUUUUGUUGAAUUUUGACUUUGAUCAUCUUUGGCUGUUAAAAACCGAGUUAAAAGGGAACAACCAUUCAUUUUUCCGCCUAUCCAUCAGUACGUUCCUUGGGUUCCUUUAUUUACUCUUUUUUAAUUCAUUUAAUUAACCCUCAACGUGACCAAUCGUGAUAACAGAAGUGAACUAAAUUGUGCUUUUUGCAGCCUGAGGAAGGAGGAAAACAGCAUCAACAACACAACUCACAAUACCUGGAGAAGAUCAUCAAUAUUCUUCAGUCAUCACCUAUUCUGGCUUACAAACAGGUGCGUAAGGCGUAUCACAGCAGUUCGGAGUUUUCCGGCAUGAUUGCUUUCUCCCCUAAAAGAAAGUGAAAAGUGACUAACACAAUAUUUUUCAAUGUGACUGUAGAUGCAUGUGUUAUUCUAAAUUGAAAGCUAGGGCGUGGCAGCUUCUCUAGUGUUAAAGAUUUUUUCAUUUUUUCUCACUCUUCAAUGUGUUUCCUUGUUAACGUGCUAAUAUUUGAUCUGCAGUCCACUGAUGAUCUUAUGUCUCCUUUCAACGGUCUUUUGGAAAACAGUAGGGUGAGUUAUCAUUUUCUCCGUUUUAUCAAAUUUUUUUGGUUCACUUCUGUUUAUAACGCUUGACAUAAUACACGAUAAUCACAAGAGUUUUUGUCACCAUCACAAGAGGCAUUCCUAUCUAGGUGAAGAACACUCGAAGAGAUUGCUUCGUCGUAAGUUUGUUUUCCUCGUUCAGUUUUGUCAUUAGAGCGCUUUAGAUUCUAAGACGAGAACGAUUACGAAUCUAGAUUUUCUAAGACGAGAACGACGUCAUACGGCAAACGGCAAACGAGUUUUUCUCAGAAUAGAAAAUAAGCAGAUAAAAACAGUGAACGAUUCUUGUGGGCAAAACUGGCGCGUGAACCCUCGUCAAUUUGGCGGGAAAACGUUUGGUGGCGUAAAGCCGCCAUUUCAUUCUAGCGUCAAUUUGGCGGGAAAACGUGGUAGCCGCCAUCAUUCUACUACGAGUUUUAGCGAGAGUGUCGUAGUGGCGGGAACAAGUUAUCAAAUGUGUAAUAGACGUUUUAGCAUUUUGCAAUCGGAAGAGGUCUUAACCUCUGUUAAUAGUUUUCGACGCCAGCAAACGCGUGAGAAAUUACAGUGUUCGUAUGAGAAGCUAAUGUCGAUUAAUUUCCAUAAAACGGCUGUUCUGAACAAAAUAUCAAUUGUAAACUAAAGCUACAAAGCAAAGGAUUGUCCUAAAAAAAAUUUGAGGGCGUACCUGUGCUUAAAUUUCUCCAGAGGCUUUCUUUAGAUUUUCCAUAUAGUUGUCUGUAGUUUUCCCGGGAUUUUCUUACCGACAAAUGUAUAGAAAGUUUUAAAAAGUGGUUCUAAGUCUUCUAGCGCAUGUAACGCCCUCAAAUUUUUUCAGGAGAAUCCUUAGGAGUGAAGCUUUAGUUUACAAAUCAUAUUUUUUUCAGAACAGCCGUUCUAAGGAAAUUAUUCGACAUUAGAUUCUCAUACAAUCACUGUAAUUUCUCACGCGUUUGCCUACUCGUCAAGAUGGCGUCGAAAACGGUGACAAGGUCGAUAACGAUAACAGUGCUAACUUUUCUGGUGAAAAAAAGUACAAUGAUAAAUUCCGGGGUGUCUAUUUUUUGACAAUACGUGAAAAAAACUUAAAUCAAAUCUCAUACUCGUAGUCGUUCUCCCCCUCGAAUCUAAAGGUCUCUGUUGGUUCUGUGCUUGUGUUGUAGAGUUUCCAAGGUGGUAACUCAUCCCUUGACCCUAAGCGUUUUGAUGAAUGCCUCUAUUAUCUUCAAACGUACGGCAGUCCCUCUUCUCGUGUGGCCUUUUAUGUAAGACACGGUUGCUUUAAACAUGCCUGCAGAUACAUCCUAGAUCAGGUAAGUCCACUGUUUAAUCUAUAUUUGUAUUCUUUACCCUUUCACUGCCAAAUGUGGCUAAAGGCAAAUUUCGACCAAAUUUCCAAAUUUCUUUUUCUAACAUUUUGACAAACAAGUAGCGUUUCAAUAGGAUUUCGUCUGCAGACUCAGAAGUUGGAGUCGCCUUACAAAACUCCAUCAAGUACUCUGACAGUGAAGGGGUUGAAGCAGCUAUGUCACAGUAUUUUUAUGAUUUCGCUAUUUUCUUUUUUUUCGGGAGCAAGGGUUGGCGCAGUGGUGAGAGCGGCACUCUCCUGCCACCAAUGUGGCCCGGGUUCAAAACGUGAAAAAACGAUUUUCGACGUUUUAUAUAGCAAACAAGCCUUUCUGGACAAUGAAAACAUCGGUUUAAAAAACCCACAAAAUUGGCAUUUUUUCCAAAGGGGUUAGUCCAUGGUUUUGGUCAAAAAAUUUAAAAUUUUGUUAACGUUUUGUUUUAUGUUAAAUACACCGAGAAAAAGUAUUUGGUGCCGUUCUCGUUAGAAAAUAAGCCUUUCUAGACGCAUUGACGCCAUUUGGGUUGAGUUUGUUGUUGGUUCUCUCCUCUGCUCCAAGAGGUUUUACUCCUGGUUCUUCGGUUUUCGCCUCCCUUCAAAAACCAACAUUUCCAAAUUCCAAUUCGACCAGGAAAGGUAGAACCACUGUGUGGAUGUGCUACCUCUCAAUCGUUAUAUAUUAUUUACUUAUUUACUUAGUUACUUACAGACUUGCGAAUUGUCUCUUGUAAAGGUAAUGUUACAUGGGACGAUUCGCAACGACGAUUCUUAGCGCAACACAGGGUUCAAAUGUUGGAACAAUAUUGCAGCCAUUGGAAACAAUGUAAAAACAAUGUUGUAACGCUGUGUUGCGCUAAAAAUGGUCGCCGCGAAUCGUCCCUUAUGUAACAUCACCUUAACAUCACCUCAAACAAGAAAUUAGCACACGACAGAAUACUUGACCUUGCUGGUUUUUUUGCCUCCUUAGCAAUGCCCCACGGAAGUUUUCAUCGAAAGUUUCUUCAUGCGGCUCGUUCUUAAAGGCAGUUGGUCACAGCUGAAAGAACAAAUGGAAACUGCUGACCCGUCUUUACAGUCCUGGAUGCCAUACUUGACUGCCACUUGUAAAUUUUUGCUUCGAAGAAGUUUUCAUCAUCAGCUGUAUGAAGUACAGGUGUUCAUGAGGGUAAGUAGACAUUGAUGGUUUCUUCAAUAAGCUUCAAUAGGUAGGGGUGGUGGAAAAUGAGAAUCUGGAUUUAGGGUCAAUGUUAUCGCUAACUGGGGGGAGGGCGCCAGUGUCUCUAUGUUGCGGACUAGUUAACAAAAAGAGAAGGUAAUUUUCUAUGGUCUACACUCUUAUAGACCAUAGAAAUGACGCCAAACCGUUUUAGUGGAACCACAAGACGCAGCGAUUGGUUUUACUGCGAACUUCUGAACCUUUUUGUACGUCAUUUCUAUGAUUUGUAGGAGAGUAGACCAUAGACAAUUGUUUCCUAUUUGUUUCUUACAGUAACCUUGACAGAUUUUAAUGUCCGUUCGCUUGAAAUCGCCUUCUAAUCAUGCUCGGGAAAUAGCGCCGUCAUCACAACAUUUUCAUGCUCUAUACUCCCAUAGACCGUAGUUCUCGACCUAUCAGCGCCCCAGUAAAAGCUCCAACAUCGCCAAUACUUUGUCUUUAAACAUCUAUAUUCAUAAUAGCUGAUUCGGCCACGGGGUAUUUAUUGCAUAUUCAGAUUUAUUAAAUUAUAGGGAAACUAUUAUUUUCAGGACUUUUUCCGCGCCGCACAGACUUGUAUCCGUUUUUACGAAGGCGCGGCCGGAGGUUCAGUGACAUCAUACGAGGACCUUUUCGCCCGACUCCACCACUUGGAGGAAGCGAAACGCCAUAUCGAGACCGUGAUCGCGGAGAAGAAAUCUCCCAAGGGAACGGUGAAUACUGUGUUCGCUUAUCUACGACAACGCGGCACGGCUAGCGCAAAGAAUGCCACGGAGGAACCCUCGCACGUGGCCAUGUCACUUUCAGAGCUGAACAGUCACGUCAAUACUAUCAACUUACAGAUCGAAGUCACAAACUUUAUGCACAAGUGUGCAGUAGAACGUGGGGGUACUGGCUUGCUGAGAGCGAGCGACGGAAGUCGCCUACCCACCUUGUUUGGAAAUGGACAUGUCAGAGGAGAGUUGGUGGUGCAGGUAAAUACGGAAUUUAUCAGACUGGCCGAAAGUUUCGUGAUUUUUGGUACUUGAAAUAAAACUUAGAAUUACCAAACUAGCAAAUAUGAACGCUAGUAGGCUGUGAAUUAACUCUUUUCCGUUUCGUUUGUUUUUUUAGGUUCUGCUUGCAGGGGUGUCUAUUCAUGAUGGAUUUAUUUUAGCAAGCCGAAUAAUACAGGUUUGACACCAAGUCAAUUAUUGUUAUUCUUCUGAUAUAAAAAUGAACUGUCACGGCAAAAGGUAAUCUGUUUGUUUUAUACAAUAACGCAAAGCGAAAAACUUUCCUUAUGGCACUCAACUGUUUAAGGGUUUGUUCUAAUUCAGGUAUAUUCCCUCCUUUAGCACUCUUAUCCUCUAUGUUUCUUGUUUUGCUAACUUUUCUUCAAGAUGUACUCAAUAUUUUUCAAUGUUUUUUCGGAGUUCGCUAGUCAGAAUGAACUCGAUAAAACUUAGCCAGUGUUGGAGACAGUCUUACGGCGAAAUUCGUUGUUUUGCGCUGCGUGUAUUGCAAACUUCUAAGGGAUUUUGGGUUUUUCUGUUCCGUCAAUCAUUUGAGUGAAGGCGGGGUUAAUGCAAAUCACAAUAUAGCGUGCUCGCUCAGCCUGACUGAGAAUAACUCCAGAUUGUUCCGAAAUAGCGAAGGUAAUCCCGAUGGUGAGUGGAUUUUUUGUCGAAGGAAGGAGGUAGACGUUGCUUUAUUCUGGCAAGUGACACGAAUAAGAAAGAUCAGAAAAAUCUUCGAAGCAAACUUGACUAGUCGAUUCUAGUCCAAAACAGGACAAUUGCAAAGCAACGAACCUUGAAACACGAAACAAAGAAAACGGAUUGAAAUCCACCAAUCACAAGUCACAAACCAAAACUAAGUAGACAUGUGUUUCCUAAGAGGUCGCUAGGAUGAUUGACGGAACAGAAAAACCCAAAAUUCCUUCGAAUUCUGCAAAGCUCGCAGCAGGAUACAACGAAUUUCGCUGUAAUCCAUAAUGUUCUCUAUCUUGUCCUCUAUCACCUAACUCACCCAAGUCAUCCUUGUCACCCUUGUCACCUAAGUCACCCAAGUCACCCUAGUCACCCAAGUCACCCUAGUCACCCAAGUCACCCUAGUCACCCAAGUCACCCUAGUCACCCCAGUCACCCUAGUCACCCCAGUCACCCUAGUCACCCAAGUCAGCCAAGUCACCCUAGUCACCCUAGUCACCCAAGUCACCCUAGUCACCCUAGUCACCCAAGUCACCCUAGUCACCCAAGUCACCCUAGUCACCCCAGUCACCCUAGUCACCCAAGUCACCCAAGUCACCCAAGUCACCCUAGUCACCCAAGUCACCCAAGUCACCCUAGUCACCCAAGUCACCCUAGUCACCCAAGUCACCCUAGUCACCCUAGUCACCCAAGUCAACCAAAUCACCCUAGUUACCCAAGUCACCCUAGUCACCCCAAUCACCCUGGUCACCCAAGUCAUCCUAGUCACCCAAGUCACCCUAGUCACCCUAGUUACCCAAGUCACCCUAGUCACCCAAGCCACCCUAGUCACCCUAGUUACCCUAGUCACCCUAGUUACCCAAGUCACCCUAGUCGCCCUAGUACCCAAGUCACCCUAGUAACCCAAGUAACCCUAGUCACCCUAGUCACUCAAGUCACCCUGGCAACCCUAGCCAAAUAGAGCCUUUGCAUUAGCAGUGAACAGUAUUCGGUACACCAUGAAAUACACAAUCAUUGAAUAGCAACACAGUUCUUUUAUUUUGUAUAGGAUUAUAAUCUACCAGCAGCACGUGUUUAUGUAGACGUUGGCCGCUCUUUGGCGCGGCAGUACAAGUUCUCGCAUAUUGAAGAGCUUCUAAGUUGUUCAGGAGAAACUGGACAAGUCUCAGAGAAGUGCCAUGAUGACAUCAUACUGGCAUGCGUCAGCAUUGUAUGCGCUGACCAGAGCCAGGUGCGUCCAGAUCUUGUUUGGGAGUCUUCAUCACAGUGUGGCUCUACAUGUUUUCGAUUUUUUUUUUUCAAUUUUUGGGCUCGGUGUUUUCGCAGCAAUCAAUAUUCUGCGUGUAAGGAGUUGGAGUGGGGAAGGGAAAGAGUUAUUUAACGUAAAGGGCACAAUAGAGAGCACGCUGGCUCACCCCCUCAGGUUGUUGUGCCUGAUCGUUCUCCUCUGUCACUUGUCCUACACCCACCUAGCAGGCUAAAUAAUAAGCUGGAUGGAUUGACUUAGAUUGGCUUUACAGUUUUACUGAGCAAAGCUUCCUAGCUGAGUACAGAAAUAGUUUAUAAAGUUUCUGAGAACUACGGAAAUUGCUUAAUUUACAGCAAGGAAAAACAGAGUUUUUUUACUGGCAAUGAAAACGUUUCUUUAAGACACAAAGCAAAAUCUUCAAAAUUAAAUUUUCCGCUAUACUUUAGUAAUUGUUCUUCCUUGAAGUGAGGAUUCGUAGUGAAUCCGACGGCUAAUUUUGUUAACAAAUCAUGAAUACACAAGUAGUGGCCUUUCUUUUUUUAAUUCUUCUUUUGUCUUUCACAUUUAACUUUGCAACAGGCGAAGAACCUUGAGGGACUUAUUAAACUUCUCAAGAGCGACACGAACAAGGUAAAACCGAGGAUUUUCUUUUGUUUAAUACCUUUAAAAAAGAGUAAUUGUCAAAAAUAUCUUUAUUUCCUUUAGAUAAACGCGUUUGUCAUGUGCGGCAAGCUCAAAUCAGCUUAUCUGAUCGCCGUCAAGGGAGACCGCGUGGAGGCCAUACGGGAGAUCGCUGAGGUGGCGCUGAACUCGGGACAGAGCAAGAUGGUGGAGAUCUGCAACAAAUAUCUUAAUCAGGAUGCUAAAAAGAGAGAGGCCCAGGAAAGAAAAGAAGCGCUGCGGAGGAAACACAGCCACAAUGCUGACUCCAAAAGAUAGCAAAAAGCCAAAAAAUAACUGUGGAAUUAAUCUGUCGAUGAGAAAAACGCGAUGGCAAUGAUAAUCCUUUUAAUAACAUCUUAAUGAAAAUUAAUCUCCUAUCCAGGUCUCGCUAAUUUUCAGCUAAGAAAAGUGAUAUGUGGAUACGAGAUUAAUUAAAGGGGGGGUAGAUCACCAAGUGACGUAAUGCAAAUGACCGGAGAAACAUUGCGUAAGAGGCUAUUUCCGAGUUGUAAAAAUCCUCGCUUUGUAAUUAAGGCCAAGUGAAAAAGAAUUCUGGUUAAGACAGGUUUUAUUCGCGUGAGAAGAGAAGUUUAUUUUCAUUGGCCAUUUGAGGUUGCGCGUGGACUGGGUCCAAUCGCACUGUAGGCCUGUUUUGGGGUCGUUAUCUCAUUUUUGUUGGCUGUUAUCACGCUAAACUGGACACCGGAUCCCAGAACUGGCCCAUGGUACAAUGCGACACAACACCGACCCAGUCCACCCCAAAAUGAUCAAUAUCUAAGAAGUAAACAGGACUAACCUCGUAGCCUGCAUACGGCCGCCCCCUCCCCUCAAAAAAUAGACACAGGCUAUAGCCUCGUUAUGAAAAUGAGUCUGGGGACAAAUUGAAAAUGACCUAAACUCUUAUACAAUGGGUCUUUUCAAUUUACCAAAGAACUUGUCUCAUUUGACACAAGUUUCACUCGUACUCCUCUCUCGAUAAAAUGAAGAUGGCGGCACAGAUAUCGCCGGGAAAUUCUUGUGAAAACUCGUAAACGGAACUCGCAGUUUCCACCGGUAAAGUUAAGGUUCCACUUUUCAUUCUCAAGGAUGAUGAAACGUGCUCUAAUAACAGGGGCUAAAAACAUGUACAGAAUUGAAAUCAAACGAAGCUUUAUUUUUAAAGUUUGCUAAAUUUUUGUUGGUGUGGAAUGUGAAAUAAAUGAAAACAAAUAUAUUUUCUAUUACUAUAUUUUGUACAGAAUAAUCUUUGUUCUUUUUAGACUUAAAUCGAAUGCCAAAUUGAAAUUGUGUAAUAAAGUUG